AUGCUCCUAGAGCUGUGGGUCCAGAGGCCGCAGGUCAAAGUCACACUGGCACCUGCAGUGGGGAUGGAGACCAAAGAGAGGGAGACUCCUCGGCACACCCCUCCCCGGGAAGGGGGCUUGCAACCCACACUGGUGCUGGCUACACUGAGCGCAUCCUUUGGUUCGGCUUUCCAGUAUGGGUACAACAUCUCCGUGGUCAACACGCCACACAAGGUCUUCAAGUCCUUUUAUAACGACACUUACUUUGAGCGCCACGGAAUCGGCUUGGAAGAGGAUCACUUGCUGCUCCUGUGGUCUUGCACCGUGUCCAUGUUCCCUCUCGGUGGCUUCCUGGGAGCGCUGAUGGUUGGCCCAAUGGUUGACAAAUGUGGCAGGAAGGGGACCCUGCUGAUCAACAAUAUCUUUGCUAUUGUCCCCGCCAUCCUCAUGGGCAUCAGCAAAGUGGCCAAGGCCUUCGAGCUGAUCAUCUUUUCCCGAGUUGUGCUGGGAGUCUGCGCAGGCAUCUCCUACAGUGCCCUCCCCAUGUACCUGGGGGAACUGGCCCCCAAGAACCUUCGUGGCACCCUGGGAACAAUGACUGAGGUGUUUGUCAUCGUGGGAGUCUUUUUGGCACAGAUCUUCAGCCUACAGGCCCUCCUGGGCAACCCUACAGGCUGGCCCCUGCUGUUGGCGCUCACAGGGGUCCCGGCUCUGAUCCAGCUGCUGUCCCUUCCCUUCUUCCCUGAGAGCCCACGGUACACCCUGAUUCAGAAGGGGGACGAGGAUGCUGCUCGCCAAGCCCUGCGGACACUGCGAGGCUGCUCGGACGUGGGCGCAGAGCUGGAGGAGAUGCGCGUGGAGGACCAGGCCGAGCGGGCCGAGGGCCGCCUGUCCGUGUGCAACCUCUUCACCUUCAGGGCUCUGCGCUGGCAGCUCGUCUCCAUCAUCGUGCUCAUGGCUGGCCAGCAGCUCUCAGGGGUGAACGCGAUCAAUUACUACGCCGACCUCAUCUACACCGCUGCCGGUGUCAACGCUGAACACUCGCAGUACGUGACCGUGGGCGCCGGCGUGGUCAACAUAGUGAUGACCAUCAUCUCAGCCUUCACCGUGGAGCGGCUGGGAAGGAAGCGCCUCCUGCUGGCAGGCUAUGGCAUCUGCGGCUCGGCCUGCCUCGUGUUGACCCUGGCCCUCCUCUUCCAGAGCCAGGCCCCAAAGCUGUCCUACCUCGGUGUGGUCUGUGUCUUCUCUUACAUCGCGGGACACUCCAUUGGGCCCAGCCCUGUGCCCUCGGUGGUGCGUACGGAGGUUUUCCUGCAGUCCUCGAGGCCGGCUGCGUUCGCGGUGGACGGAGCCACUCACUGGAUCACCAACUUCCUCGUGGGCUUCGUGUUCCCCUCAGUCCAGGAAUUCAUGGGCGCCUACAGCUUCCUCAUCUUUGCGGGAAUCUGCCUGCUCACAGCGGCCUACAUCUACGUGGUGAUUCCUGAGACCAAGGGCAAAACGUUUGUGGAGAUAAACCGCAUUUUCGCCAAGAGAAAUGGGGUGCAGUUUCCGGAACCUGGAGUAGAGAACACAGAAGUGGGGCCCACCCUGGAAACUGCCUUUUAA